CGCGUCUUGCGAAUGGGAGGGCGACGCAUGCGCGGGCGGCGGUGGCCUUAAGGGCGGAGGCGGCUCCCGGUGUCCCAGUCGGCCUGUCAGCCGGCUUGAAGGCGCCUUCCGGCUCUCGUGCAGUGACGGCGGCCAUGGCAGCGGAGGAGGAGGAGGUGGACUCGGCGGACACCUGCGAGAGAUGCUCUAGGUCAGGAUGGCUGACUGGUUGGCUUCCCACGUGGUGCCCUACAUCUACAUCACACCUUAAAGAAGCUGAAGAGAAAAUUUUAAAAUGUGUCCCCUGCACAUACAAAAAAGAACCUGUUCGUAUAUCUAAUGGAAAUAAAAUAUGGACACUGAAGUUCUCUCCUAAUAUUUCAAAUAAGACUCCACUUGUCCUCCUCCAUGGUUUUGGAGGAGGUCUUGGACUCUGGGCACUGAAUUUUGGAGAUCUUUGCACGGAUAGACCUGUCUAUGCUUUUGACCUGUUGGGCUUUGGACGAAGUAGUAGGCCCAGGUUUGACAGUGAUGCAGAAGAAGUGGAGAAUCAGUUUGUGGAAUCUAUUGAAGAGUGGAGAUGUGCCCUAGGAUUGGACAAAAUGAUCUUGCUUGGACACAACUUGGGUGGGUUCUUGGCUGCUGCUUAUUCACUGAAGUACCCAUCACGGGUUAAUCAUCUCAUUUUAGUGGAGCCUUGGGGUUUCCCUGAGCGACCGGACCUUGCUGAUCAAGACAGACCAAUCCCAGUGUGGAUCAGAGCCUUGGGGGCAGCACUGACUCCCUUUAACCCUUUAGCUGGCCUCAGGAUUGCAGGGCCCUUUGGCUUAAGUCUAGUGCAGCGUUUAAGGCCUGAUUUCAAACGGAAGUAUUCGUCAAUGUUUGAGGAUGACACCGUGACAGAGUACAUCUACCACUGUAAUGUGCAGACUCCAAGUGGUGAGACAGCAUUCAAAAACAUGACUAUUCCUUAUGGAUGGGCAAAAAGGCCAAUGCUCCUGCGGAUUGGGAAAAUGCACCCUGACAUUCCAGUUUCAGUGAUCUAUGGCGCCCGAUCCUGCAUAGAUGGCAAUUCUGGCAACAGCAUCCAGUCUUUACGACCACACUCGUACGUGAGGACAAUAGCCAUUCUUGGGGCAGGGCAUUAUGUGUAUGCAGAUCAACCAGAAGACUUCAACCAGAAGGAGACAAGAAAGGCCAGACAAGUGACUAAUAGCUGGAGGGGGAACCUGAGAGAUGGGGGGAAGAUGGUGCCUCAGGAUGGAUGGUUGGGAGAAAGUGUUCAUCUUGACAGAAGGGGUGAUUGGCUGACCGAUGUGAAGGCUGGGAGUUCCAGUCACGUUUACCCCAUCAUGUGACACUGGACACUUGUGGAGACAGGUAUGGAGAGCUAAAUGACCGGGCCCAUUUUCUCCAUGGUAAGGUCAGACAUGUUAGUCAUAAUGACCAGGUGGGGGGAUAAGUGCCUUGUAAACAUGACUGCUGUGUUUGUCAUGUCGAUUAUGAGAUGCGUCUUAGUUUUUAUCUGUGAAUGGUUUAAAUUGGAAUGUAGGGCAAUGGAAACAAUGAAAUGUGGAGACCAGGGUGCCUGACACAAAUGACUGGUAUUUCACCUUCCCGUGCCAAGCAGCUUGCUCUCUGCCUGCUGAUUUGUGAAAACCCCAGCAGACCUUUAACAUGUAUCUAUCCAAGACUUGAAAAAGCUGCUCUCUGUGAAGUGGGGGGGCCCCAGAGUUAGGGGGUCUGGGGAGUCAAAGAUGGCGGAGGGAGGAGUCCUUGCGCUGACCUACAGGACACUGCGGACAGACUCUGUGUAGCCCUCUUCGAUAGCAAAAAGUUGUCAGUGAUGAUCGCAAGGGCGAAGCAUCUCCUCUCUGCUUCCGAGGGACCGCUCAGCUUCCUGUGGCCAGCACCGAAGACGGAGGCAGCCGACACAUCUUCCUUGGCAGCCAAGAGACACCUCACCCUUGGCGCAGCCUGUUUCGGCAAGACGGCGCCAGCUCUCAGAGAGUGCGGCUCACACUCGUGUGUCUGAGGCAAGGAGGCUGCUGGUUACCAUGCGGAGUUGAGGCCCUACAGCCGAGAGAGUCAGAUUCUACAGUCUGUGGGUAGGGCCUGGGAAUCUGCAUUUUCAACAGCCCCCCGCCCCCCCCACCCCAUCUCUUCAAUACAUCUGACAGAGAAAUGCCAAUUUUUCGUUUGAUUCAUCAGGCAGUUAAUUUGUUGGACUCAAAUUGCAAAUGCUAUGUCUUGGUGCAGCUGAGGUCUCAGCUGAAUUAUUUUAUCCUUAGCUGUAGUCUGCCAGAAAUUGGGGCAGAGGUUAUAUUCAGACUUCGAGGCACCCCUGUCUGGCUCUCUCCUUCCCAGGACUCUCCCCUCAUUUUGCAGUGGCUCUGCCUGCUCUGAACUCUGUCCUUGGGCGCUUGAAGCCAGAAGGACUCCUCGUUUUCCCCCAGAGUUCUGGGCCCCUCCCUACCUUGUUGCCCUGAGUUAUGGCCUUCUCGAAGGCUAAGAACUAUGAAAACGCUGUUCUCCACUCCCAGUAUCAAGUCCCUUCCUACAUCUGCUUGCUUUUGUUCAUUCUCCAGGGCUUUCAUGUGGCAUCUGCUUUAUACUCUCCUGUGGAUAGUUGCUGUCAGCAGGUGGGCUGGGCCCGGUGAGGACCUUCCCCAGCUGUCCGGGAAGCAGGACUCCUGUUUUCCAGUGUUCUUCUCAUAUAAGCUGGAGACUGGCCUAGGUGCAGGCUUGUUUUGCUGUAAGACGCACUCACAUGUUAUUUCUGUACUUCCUUUAUUUACCAUCAGCCUGUUGUGGCCACAUCUAGCAAUCUGUGGAUGUUUCACUGUACUAGGAAAAUGUAAAUAAGAAUUAGCCAAGGCAGGAAAAGGGGUGUGGUAUUUGCACUGCUUUUAGAGAAUGAGGCCCUACACUUAGCUGAGAUGAAAACCAAAUAUAGUUUGCAGUCAAUAUCCCUUCUGGAAACCACCAUUUCUGUCUCAUCUCUCUAAAGGUUCCCCCACCCCCCGCCCCAUCUAUCUUUAGGUUUGACUGGCCUCACAGGCCUUGCUUACCCUGCCUGCCAGUGGCUCCAGAAACUUGCAACACUUCCCUGGUGCGCUGUUACUGAGGCCUCUGCCCUCUCUGGAAUUUAUUUCUCAUAUUUAUGGUUGGAGCCGUGCUGGUUCAUUGUAACCUAAUAGCCCUAGUGCUGUAAAUUUUUACUAAGCCAACAAAAGCAAAAUGGUUAAAUUCUUGAGAAAUGCCAAACCCUCAUAAAUCAGGAAAGUUCCAACAACUUCAGUUGGUAAAGUACUGCAAUAUUCUGCAUUACUCAGAAUCCUUAUCUAACUAUAGGAUAAGAUUAGUGAAGUCUUAGUAGUCUGGAAAUCAGCAAAAAUCUUUGAGGGGUGAGUGCUUUUCAACUUACACAUUGCUGAUGGAAACUUCAUGAUUCCCUAAAACUAACCCAUAAAAACCCUAAAAGGUGAUGCUUCUGACACAUCCCCCCCAUCCAUCCACAGUCCAAUGCUGAUAACAAAGGAAUUAGAGAAUAGCCAUCCGAACUAAUAAGAGGUUUAUUUACUACCCUGACACUGCGGAAGCGGGGCCUGGAAUCCUGACACAGUCCUGUGAUCUGUGAAUUGGUGCUCUGACAGCUACCUCAUCAUUCAUUAAUCUUUGGUCUGUGGGAACAGGAGCCAGCCAUGAAGUCAGGGGUCACACACGUACCUCUCCUCCACUACUGGAGACAUGCUGAGAACCCAGGAAGAGGAAUAAAGCCUGAGGACUCCAAAGGGCCACUGCUGAGCCUUGCACAUAAAGCCCUGGAGGCAGGAAGAUGCAGAGACCCUCUCCCAACAUUCAAGCUGCUGGCAUUCUCACCACAGUUCCAAAUUGCUCUUUUUGAUCUGUCGGGGGGGGGGGCCAAACUCCAUAUAAAGGCAAAGGUUUCCUGGUUCCUGGGAGACAGCCUGAGCAGCAGGGAGCAGCAAGGAAGAAGCUGGUACCUAUGUCAUGCUUACUACCUGUUGUGUGGCUCCAGAGCCCUUGAGUUUCAUCCCAAGGACAACAUGCAGAUGUGGAAGCGUAUGUAAGGAGGGUGGGGGAUGGGGCAAGGCACAUGUAAAAGGUAUCUCCAAAAACCAUUCCCAUUUUACAAAGGAGGAAAAUGUAGCUCAGAGAGGUUAAGUGACUUGCCCAAGAUCACAUAGCUAACGAGUGGCCGGUCAGCCAGGACACUGGAAUCCAAAUAGUCUCAUCCCCUUUAGAGUUCUUUUCAUUCAAAGUCUUCCCUCUGCCAAGUUAGCCAAACAUGAUAAAUGAUAGUGUAGAGUUGGUCUGCCAUGGUGUAGAGUGGGCAGGAUCUUUAUAGAAAAUUAUGGACAUGAUGGAGGUAGUAACUUGGUUGUCUAGAUAGGUUUUGGUCCAGAUCUCGCAAAGCUGCCAGCACCUUAGCAAGGCAGAAACGUCCCUUUCCAGAGUGAUUACAAGUUGCUAUAUGAUGUAAGGUGCUCAAAUAAAUGUCUUACCAGUA